UGAUUAGUUAGAGGAGGAGGCGAGGGGCGCUAAUGCGGGAUUAAGAAAUAGCGGUCCAGAGCAGAAGAGGCAGCCGAGCCGCUGCUGCAGCGCCUCAACGCUCUCUCUCGCCCGCCCUCUGUCUUCCGCUGCGCCUUCUUCUCGGCGCCUCUUUCUGUCGAGAGGAGCGGCAGCUGCAGCUCUCGAGAGAGGGGAGCAGGACGAGAGCGAGGGCGAAUCCGCCGAGAGUCGAUCGGGAUUGGGUAGAAGGAGGAGAAGGAGGAGAAGAGGAGGAGGAGGAGCAGCGAUGGAGGCGUACGAGAUGGUGGAUAGUUUUGUGUCGAAGACGGUUUUCGAAACGCUGCAGAGACUGAGGGGCGGAGUCGUGUUGACGGAAUCUGCGAUCACCAAAGGUUUGCCAUGCGUCGAUAGCCCGACGCCGAUCGUUCUUGGGUUGUCGUCCUACUUGACAUUCGUGUUUCUCGGGCUCAUUGUCAUCAAGAGCCUGGAUCUUAAGCCCCGCUCCAAGGAGCCCGCCAUUUUGAACCUGUUUGUGAUCUUCCACAACUUCGUCUGCUUCGCACUCAGUCUGUACAUGUGCGUGGGAAUUGUCCGUCAAGCUAUCCUCAACAGGUACUCUCUGUGGGGCAAUGCGUACAAUCCCAAAGAAGUUCAAAUGGGCCACCUGCUCUACAUUUUCUACAUGUCAAAGUACAUCGAGUUUAUGGACACGGUCAUUAUGAUUUUGAAGCGCAACACGCGCCAGAUCACUGUGUUGCAUGUGUACCACCACGCAUCCAUCUCCUUCAUCUGGUGGAUCAUCGCCUACCAUGCUCCUGGCGGUGAAGCUUAUUUCUCUGCCGCAUUGAACUCCGGAGUACAUGUGCUCAUGUACCUCUACUACCUUUUGGCAGCAACUCUGGGAAAGAACGAGAAAGCUCGCCGCAAGUACCUAUGGUGGGGAAAAUACUUGACACAGCUGCAGAUGUUCCAGUUUGUCCUUAACAUGAUUCAGGCUUACUACGAUAUUAAGAACAACUCGCCUUACCCACAAUUUUUGAUCCAGAUUUUGUUCUACUACAUGAUCUCGCUUUUAGCGCUAUUUGGAAACUUUUACGUUCACAAAUACGUAUCAGCGCCCGCAAAACCUGCGAAGAUCAAGAGCAAAAAGGCAGAAUAAGACACCACCCUAGUGACAAGAAGAUUUUACACUAAACUGUAGUUUUAGCACCCAUCGUUGACACGAAUACAUUCUGGUUCUGCCUGUCUUGGAAGAGUCGAAGCAUUCAGGAGCUCUCCCGUUCCAUCGAUCAAACUCGGAACGAAGUGCACCUUUUAGCUGCGAUGAGAGUCUUUACUUCCUGAGCCGUCGUUCUUGAUGUGGUCUGUAGCUCAGCCAUACGUGUAGCAUAGCUGGAACAUCUGGCUUUUCAGGAAAGUCGGCAAGGCAAGAAUUCGACCCUUGAACUAGACAAGGUUCUGCUGAUUCAGCAACCAUUAGUGAGUCACUGGUUAACAAAAUCACAGUUUUGGGCCCUUAGUUAGUGACAACCAACCCUAACACUUUGAUACACGAGUUAUCGUUCGCGAGUGGAAGUGUAAAAAUGUGCUUUCCCAAUCAUCUUGAGUUGGUUCCUUUUGAAGUAAAGGAAAAUUCUAUGAUUGUU